UUUAUUUUCCUAAAGUAUUGGCACAUUUGGUCUUAAUUAGCGACUUAAUUUGGUUAACUUCCUCUUAAGGGGUUUGUUAAGUUUGCAUAAAUAGUUUAUUCAUGAAAUAGACUCUUGGGUAUAUAUUACUCAAUAGGAAGAUCAUUGGAGUAGUGGCUGGCCACUCUGCUAGUUUAGGCUAUGAUAUGGUUGUAAUGAAAAUUAGCAAAUGGAUAGUGUUAUGUAGUUUUUGUCUCUUAAAAGGUGAAUUUGAUCAAGAAGAUGUAGGGAUUGCUUGUAAUAGAUUAUAGGGAUAAUCUUUUGAUGGUAAACUAGCACUCUGGAGUUUUGAUUGCUCAUGGAACCAUAUCUCAUGCCUUUCCUUUUGAGUAAACAGUGAUCUGAACUGAACUCUCCAUUAUUCUACUUGGUAAAGGAAACAAAUUAUCUAAAAUAUAUUUAUUCAUAUUUUGUUGUCAUAUGAAACACAAGUAAAAUCCUACGUUUGGGGUAUUCUAAGGAAAAUUCAGAUAUCGUUCACUGUGGUCCAAAGAAUUGUGGGGAAAAUGCUAAUGCACAAGAGAGAGAGUUGACGGGUAUAAUUUUAACCAUUGUCGAAAGGUAAGUUUAUAACUAGGCAUUUCAAUUGAUUGAUUUGUUUUAGAAGCUAACCCAAUAAAAAUAAGAGAAAGGUGAUUACAGAAUUAGACAAUUAUUACUUGGGGAUUUUACUUAUUGGGACUUAUUAAAUAUGCUUAUUACCUCUGCUCCCAGAGCACUCAUAGUAUGGAACAUAUGCUAUUGCUGAUGGCAAAGGAAUAGGUUGGGGAUGUUGUGGCUUUCUUGCAGAGAUAUAGAACAGAUGGCUGUUCUAGAUAUGGUGGGUGCAAUGGUAUGAAUUGCAAGGAUAGUAACUAGGUCUAUCAUUUGGUAAUCAUGUUUGGAGAAGGAGGAUGUAACGUCCAAUUCAUUGGAUUAUGAGCAAAUCCUGAAAAAUUUGAUAUGAACUCUAAUUUGACCUUGAAAAUUUGAGGGUUUUUUUUGGUUUUGUUUUUCUGAUCAUCAUUCAUUGUUAACCAAUUUAAGUUCUUGAUUGUCAGGAAACAAUAUAGUGUUGGUGUGUGGUUUUAUUAAGGUAUUAGGCUCAAAUUUUUGGUACCUCUGAUAUGAAUUUUUGAUUGUUUUGGAUUGAAAUUCAAAUUUAGACUUGUGUUGGAGGUUUCCCAUGCUAGUGAGUGUAGUUGGAGAAUAGGAAGCUUAAAGAGUUUUGGUAUAUGACAUAAAAUUUUGGCCUACUUCUUUGACUAUUAGGAUUAUUGGUAAAUCAGCUUUCUUAGAUACUGUGUGUUAAACCCAUUUUACAUAAGGAGCUGAAGAUAAGAUUUGAGGAUGGUUUGAAAAGUCGCCUAUCUUUGAUCUAUACUGAUGCAUGGUUGGUACUUGAUUUGAGAAUUGCUAGCUGGGUACUCUAAUAGGUUGAUGAACAGAAUUACUCAAUCUAUAAUUUAAAUUGUUUAAUCCUAAGUAAAUUUGAUGGAAGGUCCAUUCCUUAUCUUCUUCUGCCCUUCUAGGACCAAAAAACAUGUUUGGUUGGACUAAAUAAUAAGAUAUGUCUUGAGAAAACAUUUAGAAGACUUCUUUUUGGGGAUUGUUUAAUUAGUAUAUUUUUUGGAUAAAAUGCUAUAUUUGCUCCCCACAUGCACAGCAAAUUAUCCUUGUGAACAAACAGUGUCAGUUGCAAUCUACAAUAUAAAAUUAGAUGUUAGUUCUAAACAUGACUGUUUUCUUUUUUCGUUUUAAUGCUUUUUCUUUCUUUAAUAAUUCUUUCUCAUAAACUGUAGCUGCUGCUCUCUUUAUAUUUACAGCAGUAAUAAAUUCUUUUCUCUAGGCUUUAUUUUCACUGUUAUUGCUGCCUGAAACCUCUGCUAAAAGCCACAGUAGCCAUGCCUGUGGCCCUGCAACGACCAAUAUUAGAGUGAAAUUUUAAGGUAAAAAUUUUUAUAGUGAAAAGGAUUGUCAAGAAAGGGAAAUAAUAUGAAAGGGAAAGAAAGAGGAUGGUAUGGAGCAAUUCUGUUUUUAACAUGCUGGAAUGCCUUUACAAAAGGUCCAAGUUCUCUGUUUCAUAUGAACAGACUCAAAUCAUGUUCAUCAAUUUGUUUUGAACAGAAAAUAUUGGAAUUUUCUCUCUCAUUUCAUUUUUCUUUCCUAAAAUAAAAAAUGAAAAAGAGAAGGUUACAACAGUAAUGGAGAUUCUUCUGUCAGUCUCCAUAGGCUUUUGCUGACGUUUUUAAUUUGAGCCUGGUCCCAUGGUACUUGCAGGCAAGAUACCAGAAUACCCAUCAACCAUUUCUUGCCUAAGAUGCCCUCUUGCUGUCAAGCAUCACUAGUAAAUCAAGAAAUUAUGGUCUGAAUUCUGUCCAAUUACUAAAAGAACCUUAAAUCCCCCAGUUGAAGAAUCCAUUCUUUUUUAUAUUCCAACCUAGGAAUCACUGGUUGUCACUUUUAGUUGAUGAGGACCAUCCUACUUUGCAUGUUGAACUAGAUUUUAUUGAUGUAGCAGUGCAUCAUGUUUGACAUUUGUUAACUGUUGCUUGAAAAAACGUAAAACAAUCUAGACAUUCAGCAUAACACGACUCUUUUUAUAUUUCCUAGCACACAUCUUGUAGACCUGUUGCUGCUUUGUUUUAAUUUCGUAUUUUUAUUUUUGAUAUAACUGGGUGCUUUUGAAGUCAUAUAUAGUAGAUGACUUCGAGAAAAGUAGUGAGAAAGGAUUUAGCGUCUUUAGACCUUAAUUUAUGAAGAUAUAGUCCUAAUAUCUGGAUGAAUUAAAGAAACAUGUCUGUAUGCAAUUAGUUUGAAUUUAAGAUUUAGUUGAGUGGAGUGGUCUUAUUUUUAAUUUUCUAAUCCGUUGUUACUUAGAAACUAGCUUCUACAUGUACAUUGAUGUAUAAGUUGAAGGUAAAUAUUUUUCCUUAAUGGUGGGGAAAGAAGUAUUUCACAGAAGAGAGAGAGGCAGCUGAAGCCUGAUGCAACGUAAAUAUAGUUGAAGGAUGAGGGUAGAGCAGUAAUAGAAACACCACCCUAACUGCUCAUUUAAGGCCGGUAAUAGAAGGGUAACAAACGUAGUUUGCCAAAACAGGGAAAAAUCCAAAAAUAUUCAAAAACCCUAGACUGUCCUCAACUAGUAUUUAUAACACCCAUGAGGCCCCUUUCGGAACAGUACACCAGAUCAGCCUCUGCUUCUCUCUGCAUUGUGUACUUUUGUCCCUAAGAAUAUAGAGAAAAAAGAAAACUAUGAUUCUACCUUCUUUCUACAUUCCUAAUUUUUGAGAGAGAGAGAGAGAGAGAGAGAGAGAGAGAGAGAGAUGAGAGGUAGAUCAUCUAAGCAAGAAACCAGAGAAGGAAUGGAAAUAGAUAAACUUAAUAAGCUGAAAGAGGAACCUCAUCUAUCUGGUGCUUAUAUUCGUAGUCUAGUCAAACAAUUAACCUCUUCAAGAACCAAAGAUCCCAUGAAUUCCAAAGACCGCAGUUGUGUUGAUGAUGAUAGUUUUUCUGGCCAAAAUAUGGCCAAAUUUGGUGAAGGUGUAAGUGAAAACCAACAAACCCAGCAACCUCAACAGCCUCAACAACAACAUAGGAAACAGGUGAGGAGGAGACUCCACACCAGUAGGCCUUACCAAGAAAGGCUUCUUAAUAUGGCUGAAGCUAGAAGAGAGAUUGUUGCCGCCCUUAAGUUCCAUAGGGCUUCCAUGAAACAAGCCAAUGAACAACAACAGCAGCAUCAUCAACAACAAGAGCAGCAGCAGCAGCAGCACCAACAACAAUCACUGUCAGUGCAACUUUCACCCCCUCCAUGUUUUGAACAAGAAGGAAAGAUGAAAUCUAGGAGGAAUCCAAGAAUAUAUCCAUCAAAUACUGCCAAUUUCUCUAAUUAUCUAGACAGUGUUUCUUGCACUUCCUUCUCUCAUGCACCACCUCCUCCUUCUGCUUCCCCUCCUCCAUAUCCUUUUUGUUGGCCUACUCCUCCAGUUCUUCCUUCAACUAUCAAUGAAAAUCUCAAUUUCCCUCUUCCGAACCAAACCUUAGGCCUAAAUCUCAAUUUUCAAGAUUUUAAUGACUUAGACACCUCUCUUUACCACAACAGCAACAACCCAUCAUCGGUGUACUCAUCAUCCUCUCCUUCAUCAUUCUCGUCGCCUUCACCUUCUUUUUCCAUUGCCACUGAAGAUGUUCCUUCAGUUGCAAAAUCACAAGAAGGGAUGCCACCUGCAAUAUGUGACUUAACUGAAUCUUAUGGUGGAGGAGGAUUGCACCAAGUGGUAGAUGAUGAGGAGAUGGCAGAGAUGAGAUCAAUAGGAGAACAGCAUCAGAUGGAAUGGAAUGAUACUAUGAAUUUGGUCAAAUCAGCAUGGUGGUUCAAGUUCUUGAAAACCAUGGAUUCUGGUCAUGAAGUGAAGACAGAGGAUGAUGGUUACCAACCAUUUGAUGAAGUUAUGGAAUUCCCUUCCUGGUUGAACGCAAAUGAUGCAUGUUUGCAGCAACAUUUUGAUGAUUACAGCACCGAAGAUUAUUACCAUGAUCCUUCCCUGCGUUGCAUGGACAUUGGAGAAAUUGAAGGCAUGGGUGGGGAGUGGCUCUCUUGACAAGGAUUGAUUGUUUUUUGUUAAUCAAAUCUUUGGCUCUUUUGUUUCUAUUUUUGUUUUUCUUUCUACAUUAAUCCUUUUUUGGGGGCUAGCCUGUUAGAAGCUGUUUUUUUAAUCUAAUAAUAAGGCUUUCAGGGAUGUUAUUGAGGUUGGGAGUCCAUAAAGGAAAAUAAUGUAACUAAGGAGUAUGCUUAUCUCCUUAUUGAGCUUAUUAUAUGAAAAUAUUACUUUAUCUUCUA